AUGGAUUACGUUCGAACUUUCAGAGCCGCCCUCCGAAACCUGCUACGAGCAGCAGCCUCCGCGGCGGUGACCAUCACUCGGCAGCAGCGGGAGGACCAUCCACCCUGUCUCCUGACGCUGUGGCUGAUCGCUUUCACCGCCGCCUUCGUCGUCGUGGCCGCGGUCGCCCUGACCUCGCUCCUCCUGGCCGUGAUGUGCGCGCCGCGGAUCGCCGAACGAGCCCUGCAGGGCUGGCGACCUCUGUACCGACUCGAAGCGGUCGCCGCCAGAAUGGCUGCGCAAACGCAGAGCCACACCACGCUCGUUUGCACCGUGGGCGCCGGCGUCGUCGCCCCGAGGGAGGCGUACCCUCCCGACGGCGUCUGCCACUACACCGUGUUCACUCACGUCGCGUACGACCAGCGGCACGGCGGCUCCUUCCGAGCACUCGGGGCAUCGUCGACGUCGCAGGCGGCGGCGAGCUGGCGAAUCUUCAAGCGGCAGGCGUCCGGUUCCACCCUGACGCGCCUGCUCCCAUCGCACGGCGACUGGGAGACGUUCGUGCGCGCAGUCGUGCCGGAUUUGGCGCGGCGUAUCAACGCCAGCCUCGUCCGACACCGCCUGCACGGCCUGGCGCUCUUCCAGGUCCGCGUGCGGCCGGCGCAGCUUUCGGUCGUAGCGGCCGCCAUGCAGCUGCUGGCGGAGUACAACCCCGGCAUGUUCCUCGCCCUCGGCGUCAGCUUCGAAGGCGUGAACGACGCGAACGCGCUGAGCACGUUCCCGCCUGGCCUCCUGGACAAAGCCGUGGCGCCGCUGUCCCUUCUGGUGCUGGAGACGCACGUGCCCCCGCUGGACAGCGGAGGUCGCUGCCGCGCGACCUUCUCGUCGAUAGCGGAUCCCUACGUCGGUGAUUCCGAAAGCCAGGUGCCGAGUCGUCUCUCACUUCGGGGGCGCCAUUAGGAUCCUCGGCCAGCACCCGGACCUGCGGUCUGCGAGCACCCCAGCGUGCGCGUGGACGUGAACACGCAAGUGGCGUACGGCCAAGACGGGAAACGCUUCUUCAGCUUCGAGAGCGUGCGCGCGGUUGUGGCGAAGCUGUCUCCGCUGCUCAACGCGACGCUGCUGAGCGACCGCACUCCCUGCCUGGCGCUCUACAACAUCGAGCUGGACGACGGCGCCUGGCUGCGCUGCCCCUCCGAGCGAUACCCGAACAUCAUAUUGGAGGUGAACGGCCUUCUGCGCCACCACCUGCGCUCCUUCGUCCCGGACUCGAAGCGGACCCCGAGUCCCUGGGAGCGCUUGUUUUAUUCGUCGCCGUAACACGAAACAUUGUCACGUUCAUUUCCUUUAACGUCCGCAAUGACGGUGCAGUAUUUUUUUUUUUU